GAGCUACUGCGUGGCCUCAAGUGGCGCCAUGAUGUCCUCAACCUCCCACAACCAAAGAUGAUGGUCGCCGACAACUGCUGCCACAUACAUGGCACGGUGGCUUCUGCCAUGCCUGAGACAGAGGCUAAGCUGGAUGUCUGGCAUUUUAGUGCAAGAUACGUUGCUGCAAUCUUGAACACCAGCAAGAGCCCAUUCCGUAGUGCCAUCGCUGCCGAUAUUUCGGGUGCGAUCCUCAAGAAACACGCAGAACAUGGACGUGGAGCAGAGUACUGGGAUCGUGGUGAACAAGAGCAGCACCUUGUUGCAGUGUUUGACAAAUGGGCUGAAAAAGGUGUGUGGUCAGCAGCGGCUCAGAAGGUACAUCAAGAACAACUUAAACACGUCCGAAAAGGGUGUCUCAAGCGCUCAGAUCAAGACAUCCGGUCUGAUGGCAGCCGCAUUGAGGGCACCCACAAGGGCUGGAACUCGUUGCAGCGUGCCCAACCGAGUGAGAUCGUGAUGCUGUCUGCGCUUGGUCAUGACUUUGUCCUCCAUCGAAACAUUAGGGUCGCUUCCAGUAGGCGUCAAAUGACGCCCUUUGUCAAAUUCACUCACGGCUCCCAUCACAUCCAGCUCUCUAACCACAUAGCAAGACUCUACAAUGGACUGCGCAAGAAGGACACACGGCUGCUUCCUCUACCAGAACUGCCAGAUGUGGACUCUGGCGAGACCUUUGGACUUGUAGCGUCAGAUAAUACAACUACGUUUUAUAGCUUUACUGGUGGGACUAUAGAUUUUGCGACCGAAGCCAGCCGCAGCAUCAUGAUCGAAGACUGGCAGAUUGAUCCGGCGCUCCUUGACCAACCUGCUACACAGCUGCUGCUGCCACAUGCUACCAAAGUCAUACCUGCCUCUCCAACCAAACGCAAGGUCUCUUGUGUCUCCUUUGACGCCAAUGAUGAGUUGGACAGCGGCAAUACUUCAAAACGACCACGGACUUUGGAUUGCCCCAGCACUGGCAUCAGCAACGCCAUUACCCCCAGCACUGGCAUCAGCAACGCCAUUACUGGGGGUCACCCAGCAAUCACCAGUGAUCACCCAGUGAUUUCCGGGGCUACCACAGAGGUAUGUCCCAUCACACCCGACCAACGUUACACGCGCAAACUUCCUCCCGAAUUCUCACAGGAUUGCCCCAGUGCUGGCAUCAGCAACGCAAUUAUCCCCAGCGCUGGCAUCAGCAACACCAUUACUGGGGGUCACCCAGCAGUCACCAGCGAUCACCCAGUGAUUCCUGGGGCUACUGCAGAGGUAUGUGCAAUCACACCCGACCAACGUUACACGCGAAAACUUCCUCCCAAAUUCUCACAGGAUUGCCCCAGCGCUGGCAUCAACAACACAAUUACCCGGUCUCAGCACUUAUUCUUCAUUGCUACAGGUAUUGAUCCUCGCUCACUGACCCUUCAAAAUUCAGACGAGUUCUACCUGUUUAUGGACAUGCGGGCCAAGUUCAAAUGGCUGUCAUAUCAAAUGACUUUGAAGCGCUGGGUGCUGGCAACGGAGGAGUACAACCGUCGUCUCACACAGACAGCUGGCCGGUCGGUCAUUCAGAAGAACCCACAAGCCCUCCUACAUGCGCUGGGUGACAUCGAGCCCAAACUGAUGAACCGCAUCAUCAGAGAUGAAUAUACCUCAAAGAGGAACAAUGAGACAUUUUGGCGCCACCAUUGUUCUGUUGUACCUCUUGUCAAGCAGGAGCGAGGGAAAAAGCCCCGAAAGGUGCAGACAUGCUCACGCUGCCAAACGAUCAUGUACCCUGGCCCCGAAAACUCGCCACUCAACCACAAGCGGGGCUACUGUGCUGAUGGCGUCAAGCAGGUGUCAAAGAACAGCGGCGAAGAUCUCCCUCCCUGGCCUCAGCCUCAAGGUCUGUUCUCCGAAGGCCACACAUUCCAUCUGCACGCAUUUUUGUUGGCUGUUCAGCGUGUCUAUGAGUACGUUUCCUUGCAGGGACCGGGAGAGAUGGACUUGCUUGAAACGGAGGCCUUCGCGAAGCUGCUUGUCUCACGCACUGAGAUCCACGAGGAUGGUGCAGUGCUUUUCCGGCUGUUUACAGACUUCAUUGUGGACCCAUCAACCCCUUGUGAUCGCAUCGUUGUCCAUGACGACAAGCAGUGGUUGAGGAUCAAUUUCCUGCAGCAGCCGUAG